UUCUCGACGUUUGGAGGCGCUGGCUUGAAGAAGGGUAAAGGAAAUUAAGGAGUACGGAUGCCCCGAGAUGUUUAUCGCACAAGAAAAAACGAACAAAUAAAGGUGCUUUGUAGUAUUCCUAGUAUAAGUGGGAUAUAAUUAAAGAUUAGCCUAAAAAUUAGUGACAGCCAAGCCCCAGAUUCAGUAGGCAGGGCGUCUUUGCGUUGGCUUUCGGGAAAUGUAGUUGUAAUGCUACCGACGCGCUCUGUUUGCGACAGAAAAUACAACUCCCAGAUGCCACCGCGACACUCGUCUUUGCCCGCGAACCAACGGUUCUGGAGGCCGUGGUUAACUGGGAGCGUCUGUCUGACAAUGGAUGCUGAAUUACCGCACAGUAUGAUUGGGAGCUACCUUAACCCUCCAGAGAGAAUGUAUCUCCCGUCGUUCUCACAGACCGAAGCAUCUCAGAAUUGCCACCCCGGGAGCUCUCCUAAGAUGUUUAAUAGUCCGAACAACCAAGCCCUUGUUUCAGCAUUGAAAACGCUGCAGGAAAAGAUCCGGCGUCUGGAGCUGGAGAGGACGCAGGCUGAGGACAAUCUGAACCUUCUGUCCAGAGAGGCAGCGCAGUACAAGAAGGCCCUGGAGGAGGAGACCAACGAGCGCAACCUGGCGCACGAGGAGCUGACUAGACAGAAGAAAGAUAUAAGCAUACAGUUAAGCUCAGCCCAGUCUCGUUGUAUUCUUCUAGAGAAGCAAUUAGAAUAUACCAAGAGAAUGGUUCUCAAUGUAGAACGAGAAAAGAAUAUGAUCCUAGAACAACAGGCCCAGCUUCAGAGGGAAAAAGAACAAGAUCAGAUGAAGCUACACGCUAAACUGGAGAAGCUGGACGUCUUAGAAAAAGAGUGUUUGAGGCUGACGACGACCCAGCAGACUGCGGAGGAGAAGAUUAAAUAUCUAGAGGAAAAACUAAAGGAGGAGGAGCACCAGCGCAGGCUGUUUCAAGAUAGAGCGUGUGAGCUUCAAACUGGACUUGAAAUCAGCAAAAUCUUAAUGUCCACAGUUUCUAGUUCAAAGCUUUGUAACGAAAGGAAGAAACUACCAAAGGUCCGUAAACUGCAGGAAAAAGUUGAGAACUCAAGGAUAAAUGAAUCCUCAGGUAUCCAUGGCAACCCUAAAAGAUCAAAGAACUUGAAAACUAGCCCCAGGAAAUGUCUGAGUGAAACUAGCGCUUUUCAGAAAGACAGAAGUUUUCAACCGGUGAAGGUUCACAGUCUGCCUCCGAGGCUGAGGCGGGACGACGUCAAGUGGGAGCAGUGACCCUGCAAACUGUCACUUAAAUGAACCUCGCCAGUGAGACCUGAUGCAGUCUCUGUGGUUUUUAUUUCAUAGGCUCCUGGGAACCCUUGAAUUAUGUUUCCGGCUGCUAUAAAGUGUGUGAAGUUGUACAUUUUCAGAAUGAUGGCUAAUGACCUACCAAGGUUUCCGGAAUAUAAAUGACUGCUUUUCGUUGUUACUAACCAAAGGCCCUGACCUCAACAACCUCUUAGAAGCAUUCAUUUUGCAGUUCCCGUAAGGUAAACCCAAGAAGCUGCACUGACUGGAUACUCAUUAAAAUCAAGUUAAUCUGACCCAUGAGUACCACUCCACAGUUCGAUUUACAUAGGCUGUCACCUGUAGAUCCACACGACAUGAACAGAAUCCCAAAAGCUUAACUUCCAUAGAACCGCCAUCUUACCUUGUUUGAAAUCUCAGCAGUGGUCUUGUUUGGAAAGGGAAAACACAGUAAUUCUGCAGUUUUGUGAGAAUGACCUUAACUAAGCUUUGAUAUGACAGCCAUAGAAUGAAAUGCAGAGCUGAUUAAUUUUUGUACUAAUUCAUCCUCCGCUACUCCCACUCUCCAUUGUAAACCUGCUUACCCAUGAAACUCCAGCAGUAGGUUUUUUAUAACCUUUCCUGGUUUUUCCAUUCAUGUUAUAUGUGAUUUAUAUCCAUAUUUGACACUGUAGAUAGAUGCCUGGGACCCAAGAAGGGAAUGGCGUUCUGUAAGAAGAAGUCAGGCCCUUGACUGACUUUAUCCACAGGAGAAGAUGAAUUAGGUAAAUGUGGUGUUUCCUUCUAUACUUUAAAAUCAGUGAUGUCAUAAUGGAUUUCUUUGUAUACACGUUACAUAAUAAAUUUAUACUUUUUGCCUUCCUAAAA